UCAGCUGAUAAAUGCUACCCAAAGCGUGCAAACUGAAACCAAAUAUAUGUCAGGUCAUGGAAAAUUUGAAUUCAAACGUAUAAAAAAAGACCAGCAAGGAUUGUGAUUCGACUCGAACCUUCUAAUGCAUCGAGGAAAUAUUUACCUUCCUAAAAUAUAAAUACCAUACCAUUUACAGAAAAUGUGGCAUUUACGACGUUUAUUUACACAUUUCGCUGAAGAACUAAGCACACCCACCGAUCUUAUUGGUUGUCUACAACAAACACCUCAGAUUAUUCAGAAUAGUUUUGGCGGGUCAAUUGGCCUGGAAAGCUUAUCUUGGCUGCACAAUGUGUCGCCGUGUUUCCCACUUCGUGGUGACCAAAUCCAAAUAAUACAUGAGCCACAGCACUUUUACGAAACGCUUGUGCAACGAAGUGCGACGGCUCGAGAACGAAUUGUUUUAGCUAGUCUUUACCUAGGCACUGGCCAUCUGGAAAACACUUUUGUGCAAACAUUACGCAGCAGUCUACAACAACAAUCUUCGUUACGUGUAAAUGUAUUGUUAGAUUUUACUCGAGGCACACGCGGUGACGUCAAUUCGAAGACAUUGCUGUUGCCGCUUGUGCGCGAAUUUGGGGGACAGAUGAGAUUAUCACUUUAUCACACGCCAGACCUACGAGGUAUGACAAAAAGAUUGGCACCGCCACGAUGGAAUGAGUUGCUUGGAUUACAACACAUGAAAGUGUAUCUCUUUGAUGACGCAGUUCUCAUUUCCGGAGCUAAUCUUUCGAAUGAUUACUUUACUAACCGUCAGGACCGCUACAUCCUCAUUGAAGACAAACAAAUAGCAGAUUUUUAUGCUCAGCUUGUCGCACGUGUUCAGGAAUUUAGUCUAGCAGUUAACCAAAAUGCACAAGAAGAACUGCACAGAUAUGGAAAAAUUUUGCCCUACGAGGGUGCAAAAGAGGAAUUUAUUGAGCAUGCAAAACAGCGCAUUACUGAUUUUAUGCACGAAACUUUCGAACAGCAGCAGAGAGUGGCUGAAAAGCAUAAAGAUGCUGAUACGUGGAUAUUUCCGCUGGUCGAAAUGGGCCAAAUUGGCAUUCACCAUGAUAGUCUUGUGACCAAGCAACUACUAUCUACUUCAAUAGAAGGCUCCCGAAUGAAACUUGCUACUGGGUAUUUUAAUUUGACUCGGGAAUACAUGGACACUUUAGCUAAAAAUUGCCUCGCGCAGUGCAGCAUACUAAUGGCGCAUCCUAAUGCCAAUGGUUUUCAAGGCGCUAGUGGUCCGGCUGGAAGUAUACCUGCGGCAUAUACCUUGAUUGCGAAGAAAUUUUAUGAAGAUGUAUUGCAGCUAAAACAAGAUCACCGCAUCAAUUUCUUCGAAUAUGAAAAGCAUGGAUGGACCUACCAUGCCAAAGGAUUAUGGUACUAUCUUCCUGGAACUUCUUCUCCAGCCCUAACACUGAUUGGUUCUUCAAACUUUGGCGAGCGUUCUGUGAAUCGCGAUCUUGAAACACAAGUGUGCCUAGUUACCAGCAACGACGGGCUCAGUAAUAGGUUGCAGGGCGAAGUUGAUCGACUCUUUAGUUCUUCUAGUACUGCCGAGAAGGAAAUCCUUUCAAGACCAGUGCCUCGCUGGGUGCAUGCGGUGGUUACAGUAUUCCGGAAUUUCUUUUAAGUCAUCACAAAAAAUAGAAAGCACAAUUGAGGUCAAUAUCACACAUUUCCCGCAAGAGUGUAAUAAUCCCAAAAAUCAAAAACUCGACAAAACUGGCACCCAUAGUAAAAUUGAAUACAUAUUUUGUUCUAGUGCGAUACUGGUAAUCGCUGCAGGUAUGAAAUGUUUGCACAACAUAGAAAAAGAAAUAGCGGUAUUUUCUGCAUACUUCGAUACAUUACUUUUAUUUUUUUAACAUUCACAUCCGAGUGAAUUUCAACCCCUGCCAAUUUCAAUUAAAAGCGAAUUUCA